AUGGCGGCGCAACGAGCUGGACAGAAGCGAAAGGUCGUCGAGGUUCCAAGACCAGCAGAGGAGAGCGAAGAAGAAUUGCUUGGAGAUGUGGAGCUGAACGGCGCGUUCGAUGAAGGCGAAAGCAGUGAGGGAGACAGCGAAGACGAGCUUGAGGACGAUGAGUUCGACGAAGAGGCUGAUGAAGAAGAUGACGAAGAAGAGCUGGGCAGCGAUGAGAUACCCUCUUCAGAGGAUGAGGAAGAUGUCCGACAGCAGGUACGGGAUCUCAAGACGAACGGGCGCAAAACUCCACCUCAAAAGCUCAUGGGCAGUGACACCGGGGUGGAUGUCAGUACACUGUCUCCAGUGACGCCUAUGAAGCCGCUGGAGGAGGGAGCCGAGAAGACCAACUACCGGGUAGAAAAAGAUGCCAACGGAAACGAUCGAUACGUCUAUGGCGAAAUUGACCCGGCGUACGAUUCAGACGACUCGGAUGCUCAGGUCACAGCGAACACCAUCGGCAACAUUCCUCUCUCAUACUACGACGCAUACCCCCACAUUGGCUACGACAUCAACGGCCGACGGAUCGCGAGACCAGCCAAGGGCGAGGCACUGGAUUCAUUGUUGGACAGUAUCGAAAUACCCGAAGGAUGGACUGGCUUAACAGACCCAGAGACCGGCAGGCCAAUGGUGUUGAACAGAGAGGAGCUCGAGACGCUCAAGAAAUUGACGCGAAGUGAGGCUCCAGGAGAAGGAUAUGAUCCAUAUCCAGAUAUGGUCGAGUGGUUCACUGGCCCAGGGAAGGAAGAGGUCAUGCCCUUAUCUGCUGCCCCAGAACCAAAGCGGAGAUUUGUUCCAUCCAUGCAUGAGCACAAGCGGGUCAUGAAGAUGGUCAAGGCCAUCAAGGACGGCCGCAUCAAGCCCUUCAAAGACCCAAGUGAGGAAGAGCGGGAACGAGAAGAAGCAGAGCAGGAGUUCGCACGCUACGACAUUUGGUCAAACGAAGCACCCCGGCCCGAUCAUCCUAUGAACAUCCCGGCUCCCAAAUUGCCUCCGCCUGGCUACGAAGAGAGUUAUCAUCCCCCUCCAGAGUAUCUGCCUGACAAGCACGAGCGAGAAGAGUGGGAGAACCAGGACGAAGAGGACCGGGAGCGUGACUUCUUACCCCAAGACCAUGCAGCAUUGCGCAAAGUGCCUGGAUACGCUGGGUUCGUCAAGGAAAAGUUCGAAAGAUGUUUGGACUUGUACCUUGCACCUCGAGUGCGGCGUAGUAAGCUGAACAUCGACCCGGAAUCGCUUCUCCCCAAGCUCCCCGAUCCGUCUGAGCUCAAACCCUUCCCAACGUGGAAUGACACGACAUACUUUGGCCAUGAAGGCCGAGUACGUAGCGUCGCGAUCGAUCCUACGGCGAAAUACUUUGCUUCAGGAGGUGACGACGGGACCAUUCGAAUCUGGACGUUUGGCACUGGUCGACAAGAAUGGCGGAUCAAGCUGUCAUCAGAAGACUCUCUCAGCGUUGUGACCUGGAGACCCGGACCGAGCGCCUGCAUUCUCGCCGCGUGUUGUGGAGAGACUGUCUACUUCAUUGUUCCUCCGUCAGAACUUGUUCAUGAAGACAUCCAGACAGCUACUCGCGACAUUCUUGACGCUGGCUUUGGCUAUGCCGCUACAAACCCUUCCAAGGGUGCGGAUGGCAAGGACAAGGCCUCUGCUGCAAUCUGGUCGCGCCCCUCAACUUCGCUCCAAGAUAAAGGUGUUCUGCUUACGCUGACAUUGAAGUCUUCGCCGAAGACACUCACAUGGCACCGACGAGGAGAAUAUUUUGCCACAGUCUGUCCCUCUACAAGCUCCACUUCCACGGCAGUGGCGAUACACACUCUCUCAAAACAUCAAACUCAGCAUCCAUUCAAGCGUUUGAAAGGUAUUGCACAGACUGCCACCUUUCACCCCUCCCGGCCUCUGUUCUUCGUUGCAACACGACAGAGAGUCCGCGUCUACGACCUGCAACAACAGAAGCUCGAGAAGGAACUCCAACCCGGCGCACGCUGGAUCUCAUCGAUAUCUCUGCAUCCCAUGGGAGGCAAUGUCCUCAUAUCAUCUUACGACAAGCGACUCUUGUGGCACGAUCUUGACCUUGGGAGCACGCCCUACAAGACGCUCCGAUACCACUCGAAAGCAAUCAGGAGCGUCAAGUUCCACCCGACGUUACCACUGUUUGCCGACGCAAGUGACGACGGCACAGUCCAGGUCUUCCACGGGAAGGUUGUGGGAGACAGCUUGGAGAAUGCUACAGUUGUGCCACUGAAGGUUCUGAGAGGGCACAAGGUGAAGAGUGAUCUGGGAGUGUUGGAUCUCGAAUGGCACCCGACUGAGGCGUGGCUUGUCAGUGCGGGUGCGGAUGGAAGCGUCAAGCUAUGGACUUGA